AUGAUAAAAUUAGCUAGUGAAAAAAAUGUGGACCAAUUAUUAUCUGAACUAAAAGAAUAUGCUUCUGAAGUUGAUGUUGAUAUUGUGAGAAAAUCCGUUAGAGUUAUUGGACAAGUCAAUUAUGUGGUUCAGGAAGCAAUAGUAGUUAUUAAAGAUAUAUUCCGGAAAUAUCCUCACAAAUAUGAGGGAAUCAUUCCAACACUAUGUGAAAAUUUAGAUGCAUUAGACGAACCAGAAGCAAAGGCUUCGCUUAUUUGGAUCAUCGGAGAAUAUGCUGAAACAAUAGAAAAAUCCCAUGAUUUAAUUCUUACGUUUUUGGAUACUUUUCGUGAUGAAAGUUCCCAGGUACAAUUACAACUAGUUACUGCAACAAUUAAAUUAUUUCUAAAAAAACCACAAACUACUCCAGAUACAGUACAGAAAAUUUACAAACCUGAUAACAAUGUUGCCACCAUGGAACAACACUUAACUGAUGAAACUAAUUUAUAUAAUUAUGUCAACAAAGUGAAAGCGUUUGAAAGCAAAGUUUUGGAGUCAGAAGGCGUUGAUCAAAAUCAAAUUAAAAAUGACACUAAAAUAGCAGAGAAACAAGGGGAUCUAGAUAGCAAGAGUUCCCAAAGAAGAAAUGAAUUGUUUAAUGACAUCCUAGAAUUAAGGCGAGAAAUUAAUCAAUGGAGUGAAGGAAAUGAAGAAUUGAAACAAGCCAUUGAAAGAGGGAAGCAAAUAAACAGAAGUUUACAACAACAAUUGAAUGAAAAGAGUAGAGAAAUAAGUGACUUGAAAAAUGAGAAAACAAAAAAAGAUGAGGGAGCAACUAAAAUAUUUAAAAAUAAUAACCUGAACAGCAAAAACCUAUUCAGGAAUAAAGUUAAAGAAUUAGUUAUAGAACAAAAACCUAAAUUAGAAAAUUAUUUAACUGAGCAAAAACAAAGUGAUAGUCCAAACUCUAAAAUUAGAAGUGAAAUUCAACAAAUCAAAUUAAGCUAA